AAGAGGGAGGGAGAGGAGGCCUUGUCCGAGAAGAGGAGCAUCGACACCGGUUUGGUAGAGGAGAGGAGGAGGACGAGGAGCAGGACGAGGAGGAGGAGGGUUUCUGACAGGAACAGUGGUGAGCUGUCAUGGACAAAUAUCGUCCAAAGAGACCCACCACCCUGGCUCUGUUCCCACGGUUACCCCCGGCUGGUACCCAGGACUCCAUCAACAACAACUCUUUGGGGAAGAAGGACGGCUGGAAGGACUCACGCUCCUCCUCUCCUCACAUCACAGGGGAUCUAACACCUCCAGAUGCACAGCCAAAAGCAGAGGAUAAAGUCCGACAUGGCACCCGUCGCCUGGCCCCCAAACCCCCCACAGCCGGGGGGCCAAACAGCAGAACCAACACACACACUCAAAGUGCUGCCGCCGCUGGGGGCACACACCCACGACCACGCGACAGACAGCUGCCCUGCACUGCACAGACAAACUCUGCCAGCACGCCAAGGAGUCAGCGGAGAGGAGGAGGAGGAGGAGGAGCCAGAGGAGGAGGACGGGGAGCAUCCGCAAUGAGAGAGAGGAGCAUGGGGGACGGAGGAACGCUAGGUAAAGAGGAGAGAAGAGGAGGGCGCCUCUGUCUGGACUCCAAAGCAAAAGUGAGAGAGAGGAACAGUCAUCAGAGGUCACGAGAUGCAAAUGGACUAAAGACCCAGGGGGCUGAUGGGAAAGGAAAAGGAGGUGCCAGAGGGAGCAGUCGAGGAGGACCACUCAACAACAUGCCAAACAACACGAUUUCUUCCCAGAAUGUUUAUCUGACAGCCAUGGUGGUUCCACGCACACCUGUAGCAGCCCAAGACCAGAACAGGAUACAAAAUCCAGGCCAAAACCAUGACAGGACACAGGAGGCCCCUCCUGUCCUCUCCAGGUCCAGCAGUGAGGGGGGCGCCAACAGAAUGUCCCUCAGUUCAGACACUGAGGGGCCACCUCCAGGGCCCCUGCAUCCGGUUGUCCCUCACCGAGCCAACCCAGACAUCACUGAAGAAGACGGGGAGGGAGAUCCCACCCCUUGUCUGAACAUCCAGGGUGGUCGAAGUAUCUUCACCGACUUUAAUGAAAAACAAAAAAUGGACUGCACUGUGCUGGAGAGUCUUCACGUGGCUGCAGGCGGACAAAUGUCUGACAGUAUCAACAUGGAGGACACGGCAAAGCGUCCAGCAGAUGAUGGAGCGGCUCGGACAGAAGCAACGUGCGAAGCAGCUGCAGGGUUUAACUACGACUCAGUGAAAUACACUCUGGUGGUGGAUGAACACGCCCAGCUGGAGCUGGUCAGCCUGAAAGAGUGUCUGCACAACAACAACCAGCAGGAGGACGACAGCGACAGCGACACGGUCUAUCAGUCAGCCAACGAGGAGGAGGAGCCCGACGAGCAGGAGGACAGGAGGCAAGAGAAGAGGCAAGCAGAGGAACAGCAGAUUAAGGAAGAGGAGGCGAAGAGGAGGAGGGAAGAGGAGGUGAAGAGGAGGAGGGAGGUGGUGAUGAAACUCACCUGUCAGUGCAAAGUGUCAUCAACCACAACCUCAGAAGACGAACCAAAUGGAAGAAGGGUUCAAGCUCCCCGAAGCAAGAAGUUUCUCAACGUAUUUGUCAACAGCAGCAGCCAAUACAGCGACACUGGUGCCGGCUCUUUUGGCGUGUUCUCCUGUGUUCUGGAUGGGGUGGAGCGACAGCAGAGCCACAGAGCCGUCUACAGGUUUGUCCCUCGUCAUGCUGAUGAGCUGCACCUGGAGACGGACGACCCGGUGUUGAUGCUGAAGCGGUCUGAGGACCUCUGGUGUCACGGUUACAACAUGAGGACUGGAGCUACUGGAAUCUUCCCUGCCUACUACACUGUCAAAGUGUCCAAAGAUGUUACUGACGUCCACAAAGACGGCUGGAUAGAUCAGUUCCUGGUGCGAUUCCUGGGUUCCGUUCAGGUUCCCUUCCACCAAGGCAAUGAUGUGCUGUGUGCUGCAAUGCAGAAGGUGGUGUGCAGCAGGCGUGCAGCACCACAGCCUCCUGCCGUGUGUGUGCUGGACGUGAGCAUGAAGGGCAUGAAGAUCAGCGUGCAGGACCAGUGUCACUCAGCUCACAGGGGGGGUCAGUGUUCCCAUUUCUUCCAGCUGAAGAACAUCUCAUUUUGUGGUUGUCAUCCAAGAUACAGCAAGUACUUUGGCUUCAUCACCAAACAUCCUGACCAGCAGCGCUUUGCCUGUCAUGUGAUGAUGUCAGAGAAAACAUUACAUCCUCUAGCGGAGUCUCUACGGAGGGCAUUCCAGCAGUAUUACAAGGAGCACGUUGGCUACUCCUGCCCCACUGAAGACAUCUUCAUUGACUGAAGCCUUCUGUGCACACUCGCUGUGUGCAUGUGAGCUGGACUACUUGCAUG